AAAUACACUUGCUUUGCUUCUUUUGCAUAGCUUGUGACUUCAGCAAGUAACAUUCAAAAUAUUAGCUCCUCCUAUGUCUGUUGUUGAAGUAAAUGGUGAAACUUCAGAGGGAGUCGGUCCACAAACAAUGAGUCAAAGAUGACAGAGGCAGGAGGAUGAAGCAAGAAGGAAGGAAUAGCAGAAGCCCAAAUAUUACAAGCUGCCUGGCUGUUUCAUGCAUAUAAAGCUGCCUGAUUAGCAUCCAUAGAGGGAAAAUACACUCCCACCAACUUGGAUCUUCUCCAGACAUAUCAUUUCCGGAAGAAUAUUCUUUGAUAUUUCUCUCUCUCUGUGAUUCUUAUGUGCACAGGAGAGAGAGGGUGGAAUAGCACAGCAGCAGGAGAGAACCACCUGAAAGGGGAUUUCACAGCAUUUAUGAACUUCAGGCUUUAGAAUGAUUCCUGUAGUUUGGAUUGGUGCUUUCCUCCUCCUUGGCACAGCAAAAGCCAAUGAAGUCUGCUAUAAACGUCUAGGUUGCUUUUCUGAUAAGCCCCCUUGGUCAGGAAUACCUGGGAGAAAGCUAUUUGGCUUACCAGCAUCUCCUGAAAGUAUGAAUAUCUCUUUUUCGCUUUUCACUAGAGAGACUGGGAAUCUUUCACAGAAACUGUUAUACAAUGAAAGAUCAACUGUUCGAAAUUCUUAUUUCUCUCCAUUGAGGAAAACUCACUUUGUUAUCCAUGGAUUUACCAGCACCGGAAAAUAUGGCUGGGUUGUGGAGAUGUGCUUGCUGCUGGUGAAGGUGGAGAACGUAAACUGCAUUGCUGUAGAUUGGGAAGAUGGUGCCAAAUGUACCUACUUCACAGCCGCAAGCAACAUUCGUGUUUUAGGGGCUGUAACAGCUUAUCUUAUCAACACUUUAAUGAAAGCGUAUCACUAUUGUCCAUCCAAGAUCCACCUCAUUGGUCAUAGUCUUGGUGCUCACACUGCUGGAGAAGUAGGAAGACGACUUCGAGGCGUUGGCAGAAAAUUUACAGGCAUUGGCAGAAUAACUGGCUUGGAUCCAGCUGGGAUAGGUUUUGAAGGUUUCCCUGAUAUGGUCAGGCUGGAUCCUUCUGAUGCUCAGUUUGUGGAUGUCAUACAUACCAAUGCUGGAAAGUUUCCCACGAUAGGAUUUGGUAUGUUCAACGCCACUGGUGAUCUUGACUUUUACCCUAAUGGUGGAAGGGUUAUGCCGGGAUGUGAUGAGAAGAAUACAACACUAGUUCAAACUGACUUUGAGGACUUUGAUACAGAAAUGCAAGGUGUUGGAAACUGCCACCACUCAAGAAGCCAUGAGUACUAUAGGUACAGCAUUCUCUUUCCUGGAGGAUUUGUUGCUUACCCAUGUGAAACAUAUGAAUCCUUCAAAGAGGGAAACUGCUUUCCAUGCCCCAGAGAAGGCUGCCCAAUGAUGGGCCACUAUGCUGAUCGGUUCCGUAAUAAACUGAGGAUGAACAACCCAAAGUACUUUUUAGAUACAGCACCUAAGAAGCCAUUUACCAGCUGGCUAUAUAAUAUAUCGGUCAAGCUAUCUGGAAUGACAGGCGUGAAGGGAGAAAUGGACAUAGCUUUCCAAACGAAAGAUGGAAAGACAAAAGAAUACCAAAUUGGGAGUGGCAGCCUUAACCAAGGGCAAACCUACUCAAAGCUCAUCAGUGUCGAAAUUAAUCCUGCAAAAGCUUCACGAGUUGAAUUUAUUUGGCAUAAGAAAUUCUUCACUUUACUCUGGGUUAAACUGGGAGCUGAAAGAGUGCGCCUAGUCCGUGGAGAGGAUGGGCAGGAAUCUUUCUUUUGUGGCAGUGGGACAGCAACUGAUGGAGUUCCUCAAAUACUUACACCUUGCUGAGCAUUAAAAGGACCGAUAUGAAAUAAGCAGCACAAAGACGGCACACAAAAAGCUACCACACUAUUCCACAUUCUCAGAACAUUAAAAGGAAGCAGAUUGUAUAUAUCUAAACUACAAGAGCAUAGAACUGCUUUUUUCACUUGGCCACUGAAAGAGCUUGAAUGUCUGAAACAUGUUUGUGCUUCUUUCUUAGUCUGCUCUGUGCAAAAUCAUGGUUUGUUUUUAAAACAAGAAGUCAUUGUUAUAAUUUCUAUCUGCUUUCUAAAUACAUGAAAGUACUAUAAACAUAAAAAAUUGAGGUUUUGAUGUAUACUGGGAGUUCAUUCCUGAUCCAGAAAUAGGGCACAAUAGAUCAGUAGAAAAGAAAGGACACAGCCACGUAGGGUCAUGAUGUGUCCUCAAGAGAGGUCCCCUAGAAGGCAAAGAGACCCUUGAAUUGUUAAUCCUGAGCACCCUCAUUGCACAAAUCCAACCAUGUCUGUACAUUCUGACAACUGAUUGAAUUGAUAUGUCCAAAUGGGGAAGUGUGUGUGUGUGUGUGUGUGUGUGUGUGUGUGUGUGUGUGUGUGUAAUAGGAAUCUGUUGCUCACAUUUCUACAGAGACAUCCUACCUCACAUUUUGACCAUCAAGUAGCACAGCAUGAUAUGUACAUAACAAUAGCUGCUCCAGACUAUAUUGAACCCUCAUGCAAAAUAUUGUAUUUAGUGCUUCGUAGAGAUAGUAUAUUAUUAUCUGUUACAAUAGCUGUGUGCCUUUUAGCUGAAGAGCAGGGGUAUGUAUGCAUUUUUUUCAGACUAAUUAAUGAAUGGCUGCAAAAAACAACAACACAAUAAAGAAAUUGCAAC